CCCCCAGUAGCUUAUCGUCUUCGUUCGUAAUUGAACCGACCAUGUGCUCUCCUGCCUCCGCACCACCGCUAGCUUGUAUUCCUUCUCGUAAAAAUUGCCCAAGGUAUUUCCCUUUGGAGAACGCCGGUUGGAGCGCUAUCCACCUACGGGCGUAGAUGAGAUCGACCGCAAUCCGGUGUGUUUCGAGCGCUUCAGCUGUCUCCUCCCUUCGCGAGCGGGGGCCGGUCUCCGGCUCUCCUCACGACUCGAGGCCAGUAGAAUCCGUUAAGCUAGCCCGCGCCCGACGCUGUGAUGCCAGAAUCUGCGUCCGAUAUACGGCUCCAGUUGGAGUCCAACAGGCGUUGAGCACCGCCAAUAAGUAGCCCUUGGAGCUCAGACUCCGCAUUCAUGUUGGUGAUAGAAGACUUCGUGUGCGGCAAACUCCUCUCAUAGGUAAAGCCCCGAGAAGCACACACGCUCUUGCAAUAUACCUAGGUACCUACACGGACAUAAUAUACUCUCUUGUGUUAUUUAGGCCUAGCCAAGAGCAAAAGCACGGAAGCCGACCGAGAUGAAGUUCCGUGAUGGCAUGUGGCAAGUGAAGGAGGGGUUGCGCGUCGAGUACGCCGAGGAGGUUCACGAGAUCGCGCAGACGGAGAAGGGUCUGAGCUUGCUGUGCCCCACGAGGAAGAUCUCGAGCCGCGGGGACACCCUCAACAUCUCUACCCUAACUAUUGACAUAGAGGCGCCCUGCGAUGGCAUCAUAUCCGUCGAGACGACGCACUGGCGCGGCGCCGCAAACAAGGGCCCUCACUUCGAGCUGUUCCCGGGCCGGCAGCCGAAGUACGAGCCCAAGGUCGCGAGGAGCGACAAGGGCACGACCGUGAGCUCCGGCUCGCUCUCGGCCACCGUCGACGCGGGCGAGCACGCCUUUGGCGUCCGGUUCCACAGCACGGACGGGUCGAGGGUGCUGACGUCGCUGGCGCCGCACAGCGUCGGCCUCGCGUACGACCCGGCGCCGACGAACCAGAUGGAGACGGGCGACCUGCGCCGGUUCCGGCACUACGUCUUCACGCAGACGAACCUGGGCGUCGGCGAGUCCGUGCACGGGCUGGGCGAGCGCUUCGGCGCCUUCAACAAGGUCGGGCAGUCGGUGUCGCUGUGGAACGCCGACGGCGGCACGUCGAGCGAGCAGGCCUACAAGAACGUCUCCUUCUGGCUCAGCUCGCGCGGCUACGGCGUCUUCGCCGACACCUCCGCCCGCGUCGAGUACGAGGUCGGCAGCGAGCGCUGCUGCCGCGUCCAGACCAGCGUCGAGGGCCAGCGCCUCAAGUGGUACAUCAUCUACGGCCCGACGCCCAAGGAGGUCCUCUACCGCUACUCCGUCCUCACCGGCCGCCCUAACACCGUGCCCAGCUGGAGCUACGGCCUCUGGCUCACCACGAGUUUCACGACCAACUACGACGAGGAGACCGUCAGCUCCUUCCUCGAGGGCAUGAAGGAGCGCGACACGCAGGUGGACGUCUUCCACUACGACUGCUUCUGGAUGAAGGGUUUCCGAUGGACCGACUUCGUCUUCGACUCGGAGAAGUUCCCCGACCCCAAGGGGCAGAUCGCGCGCCUCAAGUCCUCCGGUCUCGUCAACAAGAUCUGCGUGUGGAUCAACCCUUACAUCGCGCAGCACGGCGCCGUGUUCGACGAGGCCGCCGCCAAGGGCUACCUCGUCAAGCGCAAGAACGGCGACGUCUGGCAGUGGGACAUGUGGCAGGCCGGCAUGGGGCUCGUCGACUUCACGAACCCCGCCGCCGUCAAGUGGUACACCGAGUGCCUCAACGGGCUCUUCGACAAGGGCGUCGAUUGUCUCAAGACCGACUUCGGCGAGAGAAUCCCGACGUUGGACGUCGAGUGGUUCGACAAGACGGUUGACCCGCACAAGAUGCACAAUUACUACGCCUUCCUCUACAACAAAGUCGUGUACGAGGCGCUGCAGCAGCGGUACGGCGAAACCGCGGCCGUGCUUUUCGCGCGGUCUGCCUGCGCCGGCACGCAGCGCUUCCCGCUCGUCUGGGGUGGCGACUCCGAGUCGACGCCCGAGGCCAUGGCCGAGUCGGUCCGCGGUGGCCUCGGCCUCGGCCUCUGCGGCUACGCCUUCUGGUCCUGUGAUAUCGGCGGCUUCGAGGGCCUCCCCACACCCUGGAUCUACAAGCGCUGGGUCGCCCUCGGCCUCCUCUGCUCCCACAGCCGCCUCCACGGCUCCUCCUCCUACCGCGUCCCCUGGAUCAUCGACGGCGACGACCGCUCUGACCAGGGCUGCUCCCGCACCCUCGCCCGCUGGACCGCCCUCAAGACCCGCCUCAUGCCUUACCUGCUCGCCCAGGGUGCCAGUGCCGCCGCCCGUGGUCUCCCCCUCUCCCUGCGCGCCACCUGCCUCGAGUUCCCCGAAGACCCGACCGCCUGGUUCCUCGACCGCCAGUUCUUCGUCGGCGACUCCCUGCUUGCCGCCCCUAUCUUCGACGAGUCCGGUGAGGUCGAGUUCUACCUUCCGCGCGGUACUUGGUCCUGUUUCUUCACCAACAGCACCCGUACUGGCCCUGGGUGGUUCCGUGAGCGCCACGGUUUCGGCAGCCUGCCCCUUUACGUACGCGAGAACACUCUCCUUGUCCUCGGCAAGCCGGGCAUCCGCGGCGCUGUCUACGACUACACCGCCGAUGUCGAGGUCUGCCUGUACCAAGCCCGAGAAGGCGCGAGCGUCGGGCUCCUUGAUGCUGAGGGGAAGGCAUUGGGUGCGUUGAGACUCGGGGCCGGUGACGAGCUAGAGGGCAAAGAGAUCCUCAAAGGGUCGUGGACAAUAAGUGGUAGUGGCCGCCAGAUUGAUGAUGAGUCGUAUUCCAAGACCAUCAAGUGGCUUUCAUGAGCCAAGUGCUUGAGAGAAGUUAGGUAGCUCAGAGUGCUAAGACUUGUUUCUAUCCCGAUGGCCGGGAGAGAGUAAGGGGGAAACAAACAUCAAGAUCCCAAAGAUUACCACUAUAAAACAAGAA